CUUAUAUGUGGCGUAAAAAGCACUCUUGAAGCUAGGUAGACACUCCCCGUAAGCGCCUGCGCGAACGGGUAACGCAGCUAGUAUUUACUAUGGAUUCUCUCCAAGAAAACUGAGUCAAGCUCUGAUAGAUCUAUCGGAGAGGCCCAAUCUUUCUCUACAUCAUCACGUCAUAGUGUACUCGCGAGUAUGUAAUCUCUCUUAUUAACGGGACGGAAACUUCACUGUCGCUAUGUUUAAAUUAUGGGGGUUUCACUCCCGGAUAUCGGCAACCCUCAUGGAUAGUAUACUAUGUACCCUGAUAGAGGUACUCAUGUAUGACGGAAUCGUGAGUCUUAAACUAGAGCAAGGUUAAUAUCAUACUAUCGUGUCUAGAUUGGCCUCUUUUUAGGGUCUAUAUAUUCACAGGCCGUCCUCAUUCCCAGCUUUUCUCGAUGGCGAAGUUCCUGAAGUAUUUAACUUUGAGCCGUUGGCGGGGAUUAAAGCACUCGACCAUUCUGGAGGACUUAAUGAUAUAGGUAUUUAUUCUAUGAAAACACCAAUUUCCACGUGUUAAGUUUUCGAUUGUCUCCUGUGACAAGUACGAUUCAAUAUUUCUUGCAAUGUACUUCACUUCUGUCCUCGCUGGCCUUGGCGCCCUCGUUGCUACCACUACAGGAGGACCCCUUCCACGAUCUGAUCCUUAUGUCGGUGAUUUUAGGACAUUUACUCAGACGGGUUGCUCGGCAGACAACCAAGGGGUAGGCACAGUAACUCAGUCGAUGACUGGUACCUGUAAUCGUUAUGGCGACGCUUUUAGUUCUAUGUACCUUUAUAUGGUUGCCGGAUGGGUUUUCCGCGCACACAGCGAUCCACUAUGCAAAGAUGAAGGAAAUGUCAUUUCAACGAGUCUUGCUGGAAGUCCCUUCGUUUGCAAUAACCACACCAGCGCAUGGGUCUCUUACCAAGUCGAUCGUCUCUACCCUGCACCACCUGCCUAACAAUUCUGCUAAAAAACCGAGGAACUUACGUGUACCAAGCAACUUAUGAAACCUACCUAUCUUAGGUAGGCACCUAAGGUACACAUCAAUCGAUGAGGCUUAAGGUACCUACCGUUUAUGGGAAAUAUAGUUUAACAUGGAAUAUAGUUAAACAUGGAAUAUAAUAUGAGGAAUGUAAUGGAUUUCGUGGAUUGAAUGCAGGACAUUCUUUAUAACUAAGAGAUUGGAUAUAUUCCGCGCUUGCAUUUACUAUACAGGCCGCACAAGCCUAUCUCUACCUUUAGGUAGGUAACUUUGCUACUG